AAUGCUUAAAGUGGGAGUCUUUAGGAAAACCCUAAAAUCUUUGCGGGAACCCUGAACCCUAAGGAGCUUUUCCCUCUAUCUUCUCUGUUUCGUCACCUCGCCGCUGCAGAAGCGACACUCGAUCUCGAUCGAAAAUGAAGUUCAACAUCGCAAAUCCUACUACAGGAUGCCAGAAAAAGCUUGAAAUCGACGAUGACCAGAAACUCCGAGCAUUUUUUGACAAGCGGAUCUCACAAGAGGUCAGUGGAGAUGCUCUAGGCGAGGAGUUUAAAGGAUAUGUUUUCAAGAUUAUGGGAGGCUGUGACAAGCAAGGUUUUCCCAUGAAGCAGGGAGUACUGACUCCUGGCCGUGUUCGUCUCUUGCUACAUAGAGGAACACCUUGCUUCCGUGGAUAUGGCAGGCGAAAUGGAGAGCGAAGGAGGAAGUCAGUGCGUGGAUGCAUCGUCAGCCCAGAUCUCUCGGUUUUGAACUUGGUGAUUGUGAAAAAGGGUGAGAAUGAUCUUCCCGGAUUGACUGACACAGAGAAACCAAGAAUGAGAGGUCCAAAGAGGGCAUCAAAGAUUCGGAAGCUCUUCAAUCUCUCCAAACAGGAUGAUGUUCGCAAGUAUGUGAAUACAUACCGCCGAACCUUCACAACCAAAUCUGGGAAAAAGUGCAGUAAGGCUCCAAAGAUACAGAGACUGGUGACUCCAUUGACCCUACAAAGGAAGAGAUCAAGGAUUGCCGAGAAGAAGAAGAGAAUUGCAAAGGCCAAGGCGGAAGCUGCAGAAUAUCAAAAGCUACUUGCCAGUAGGUUGAAGGAGCAGAGGGAACGCCGUAGUGAGAGCUUAGCAAAGAAAAGAUCAAGACUCUCUACUGCUUCUAAGCCAUCAAUUGCAGCCUAGGUUCAUGAUUAAGUUUUGGAUUUCUCAUGUCCGAGGUAAAUUUGUCCAUGUUCCUUUUUGGAUGUUGUGGUAUUGUCUUUUGGUAAAACACCCGAGACUUUUGUUCAAUGUUUUUAGAGGUUUUGUUUAUUUACUUUCCUACUUUUAGCAGAUUGCUACUAUGAGAAAGUUCAAAUUAUAGCCGAAUCGAUUUAUAUUAGGAAAUUUUCA